GCUCACACUCCAGCUGUCUGUCUCCACACUCCCUCACUCUUGCACUGAAGAGGCAGAACAAGGCAGUAGAAGAAGAAGAAGGGCCCGAGAGGAGCAACAGAGAGCAAAAGAGGCCGGAAGAAAAGAGGAGUGUAGAGGAAGAGCCAGAGACACACUCUAAAAGCGGAAUCAGAAGAAAGUUCUUGACCAAAAAAAAAAAAAAUAAUAAAAGUGCCCUAUUCUGUAGUCUGAUUUUGAACCUCUGUUGUUCUCAUCCUUACCCAAGACCCUGCAGCGUGUGCCAGCGUGUGUCUGUGUUUGACACGCUACUCGUACGUUUUCUCAGAGCUUCAAAGAGGCAGGUGAAAGCGUCUGUGUGUGAAGAUGUGGUCCGCGUGUGCUUCACUUUUGUGUGUGUGCUUUUCUGUGCUCCUCCACCAAGCUAUUUCACAGCCACCCACAGAAAGUGACACCUACACGGAAUGCACAGAUGGCUAUCACUGGGAUCCACAAACUCAACACUGCAAAGACAUAAAUGAAUGUGAAACUAUCCCAGAGGCGUGUAAGGGUGAGAUGAAAUGCUUCAAUCAUUAUGGUGGCUACUUGUGUCUCCCGCGCUCUGCCUCAGUAAUCCCUGCCCAUGAGCCACCCAACCAAAUCCCUGCUGGUGUGGGCAACACCUCAAGCGAGCCCUACAACCCCUGUCCCAGUGGCUAUGAGGCGGAUGGAGACAGCUGCGUGGAUGUGGAUGAGUGUGAACGGGAUGAACAUGACUGCCAGCCCAGUCAGGAGUGCAUCAAUACAGAGGGCUCAUUCACUUGCCAGUGCCCGAAUGGAUACCGCAAAGUGGGAACGGAGUGCAUCGACAUUGAUGAGUGUCGGUACCGGUACUGCCAGCACCGCUGUGUUAACGUGCCCGGCUCUUUCUCCUGCCAGUGCGAGCCUGGCUUCCAGCUGGCAGGCAACAAUCGGUCCUGCAUUGACGUGGAUGAGUGCAACAUGGGCGCCCCCUGUAGUCAGAGGUGUUAUAACACCUAUGGCACUUUUGUUUGCCGCUGUGAGCAAGGGUAUGAGCUGGGGCCAGAUGGAUUCGCAUGCAAAGACAUUGAUGAGUGCAGUUUCUCAAGUUACCUCUGUCAGCAUCAUUGUGUAAAUGAGGCUGGCAAAUUCUCAUGUGUCUGCCCAGAAGGCUAUCAGCUCCUCGGGACUCGUCUCUGCCAAGAUAUAAAUGAGUGUGAGACAGGAGUGCACCAGUGCACUGAUAGCCAAACGUGUGUGAACAUUCAUGGCGGUCAUCAUUGCUUUGACACGAACCGCUGUCAGGAGCCCUACGUUCAAGUAUCAAACAAUCGCUGUGUGUGUCCUGUCUCUAAAACUGGCUGUCGAGACUUGCCCUUCUCCAUUGUGUACCGUUAUAUGAGCAUCACCUCAGAACGGUCAGUACCCUCUGACAUCUUCCAGAUCCAGGCCACAAGCGUCUACCCCGGAGCUUACAACACCUUCCGUAUCCGCUCUGGAGAUGACAAUGGAGACUUCUACAUAAGGCAAAUCAACAAUAUUAAUGCUAUGCUGGUGCUAGCCCGUGCUGUGACUGGACCCAAAGAGUAUGUCCUGGACUUGGAGAUGGUUUCAGUUAACCACCUUGUGAGCUACCAGACUAGUUCAGCUCUUCGCUUAACAGUCUAUGUGGGGCGUUAUGCUUUCUAACUUUGAGUUACAUUUAGAGCAGGGAGGGGGAGAAGGGCUAGCAAAUAAAAAGAGGCAGAGGUGUGAAGUACGGAUGACAUAUCCAUCGAGGAUGAGGAGGGACUGAGUUGGCGUAAUUAGCAGAACAUCUCCCCAAGUUUGCUGGAAGAGCAGUGCCAAGCUAUCUCAUAAGAAAUCAAAACAAACUAUACAACUACUACUUCACAAGUGAAGCUGGUCUUACAGAAAGGUAAUAUAAUUGCAUACACAGCCAUACCACACAUAUUGUGUAUGAAUUCCAAAUAAAAAGGAGCUGCACUACAGUUUCAAAAUCUGCUGUACAAUCCAUAUAGCUUUUACUUUUGCCCUUUCUCAUACCUCUCUUGACAUUCUUUUUUUUUUAUUAACUUGAGAAUGUGUUUUCUGUCUAUUUUUUUGCCUCUUAGCACAAAUUCAUUCCACUGAUUAAUUUUUGCCACAGCCUUUGCUGAUGGCCUGUGCAUCUUCCCUCUCUUUUUUCAGAUAUAUGUAGCAGCUUUAGUGUACAAAUAAUAUAUGCAGCUCUGCAAACUUCUUUCUGUGCAUUGUGUGCCAUUACCAUUCUUUAGUAACCACUCAGUCCUACAUCUACAUGUCUAUAUCUUCUUUCACCCCCAAAGUGAUCACUAAUAUUCACGUCAUUUGUGUAGUUGUCAUACCAUGCUGUCAUUGUUGUACUUUUGUUGAACUUAUUACUGUAAUAAAUAUGAUAAUACCAUAUCA